UCGCCAUGGCCUGGCCUCCAUCCGCAACGCUCAUGGACAAGUUCGCCGACUGGGCAGGGAGUACGCUUCACCUUCCCUACCUGCCGGCUUACGUCCCCGUCAUCCUACGCGCAUUUAUCGCUUUCAACUUCAGCAACAUCCUUUCGUCUAUGCUUUCCCCAUACGUGUCAAAGACGUACGCGACGUUGCCGAAAAAGACCAGACACGCGUGGGACGUCAGGUUCACUAGUUUGGUGCACGCCAUACUGGUAGUCUACUUGGCUUGGAGGACGAUGGACAAGCCAGCUCUAGUGCAAGAUCGUGCAUUCGGAUGGGAUCCAGAAUCAGGUACCAUGGCGAGCAUCGCUGUCGCAUGUUUUCUAUGGGAUGUGAUAGAAUCUGUUACAAACUUUGAGAAUAUUGGGUUUCUAUUGCACGCUUGCUCAUGCUUAGGUAUAUUCUUGUGUACUUUCCGCCCAUUCCUGAAUUAUUACGCGGCUCGAUUCUUGCUUUGGGAAACUAGCACCAUUUUCUUGAACAUCCAUUGGUGGCUGGAUAAGACAGGACAGACUGGCACGACUUUCCAACUCGUCAAUGGGGUCAUUCUCAUGACCGCCUUCUUCUGCGUUCGUUUGAUGUUUGGCGGCUACCAGUCCACACAGUUCUGGCACACCAUGGGAGAGAUCCGUGACAAGGUUCCGAUGCCACUCUUGAUUCUGUACACAGUCGGAAACGUAUUCUUGCAGGGGCUAAACUGGUACUGGUUCUACAAGAUGAUUGCCGCCCUGAGAAAGCGGUUCGUACCGGCUAAUGUGAUUGAGCAGAAGACGAAGUAACGUGCGCGCCGGGUAGAUAUUUACUUGGUACACCUCGCGUAAAAUAUCCUUUUCCUAAUCGUCAAACACUGU